AUGCCAUUUGGGUCGUCGACGCCAACAACGGUGACAUCAAUUCCGGCUAUGGCGGAGAAUUCGUAUGGCUCGUCCCCAAGUGGACUUCGCAGCGUGACAACUCCGUCACCAGCGUCCGCAUCAUCAUCCAGGGAGACGCCGACGGUAACUUCAAAGAUCUUGCCAAAGGAGCCGGCGGCAAAUACCGAUACCUCCGUCUGGCGUCUGGAGCGGAGCGGCAAUGAGAAAAUCACUGAUAUCCGUAUUCUUCGUCGCGACCACGAAGUCAACUACGAUACUGUCAGGUCCUUGGGCUUUGAGGGCAUCAGCACCGAUAUCAACGAUGGACGAGGCAAAAGCUUCCUUUACUUGGUCUGGAAGAGCGAGUAG